AUGCAACAACUGCAAGAACUCGAGACUCGUCUAGACCGACUUAUUUCAGAAAAUCGCCUCCUGGUCGCUGAACGAGAAGCCGCCGAAAAGGAACUUCGCACCACCAGUGUCGCUCGCCGCAAAAGCGACCAUGCCCUCAACAGCCGUGAUGCCGACCUACGAGACCGAGAAGCGGAGGUAGAACAAUUAAAGAACUCAGUGGAGUGGCUACAGAAGGAAGUCACCCGCUUGACCAAGGAUAAUGAAGGAUUGACUACCACCAACACCAACCUUGCCGCUACUCAUGCCAAUGAAAUUCAAGUAGCCCGGGAGGAGUCCACCCGGGAACUGGAUGGCCUACGCCUUCAGUAUCAACAACUCUCGAAUAGCUUGCAAGACACGGUGCGUCAGCAAAUCGAUGCGGCAUUAGCUCAGAAGAACGCAGAGCUGCGCCGUCUCCGUGAGGACCUCGAGGCCGCCCGGGACAAGGUGAAGGAACUGCAGCAUCAAAUCGCAGCGUCAAUGCAAGACGAUAUACUUAUCUUCCGUGAUGAGGACUAUUUUGAUGCUGCGUGCCAAAAGCUGUGUGGUCAUGUGCAGCAGUGGGUGCUCCGUUUCUCUAAGCACUCCGACCACCGUCGCUGCCGCAAACUGGGCGACUUGCAUGACGAAAAGGUUGCCGACCGAUUUGACAAUGCCCUUCUUGACGGCUCCGAUGCGGAUACCUACCUCGCAGACCGAGUACGCCGUCGUGAUGUGUUCAUGUCUGUGGUAAUGACGAUGGUGUGGGAGUUUGUCUUCACCAGGUACCUAUUUGGAAUGGACCGCGAGCAACGCCAGAAGCUCAAAUCGCUUGAGAAACAUUUGGGGGAAGUUGGUCCCCGCAGUGCCGUCCAUCGCUGGCGAGCCACUACUCUUACUCUUCUUUCGAAGCGACCUGCCUUCUCCCGACAGCGUGAAAGCGACACUGAAGCUGUUGCCCUUGAAAUCUUCAGUACUUUGUCACGUCUACUCCCGCCCCCAACACAAGUUGAGGCUCAGCUCCUAGAAUCCCUACGAAAGGUGUUGCGCGUUGCCGUUAAUCUUUCCGUGGAAAUGCGUGCUCAGGUGGCCGAGUAUAUCAUGCUACCUCCGCUGCAACCAGAAUAUGACACAAAUGGCGAUCUGUCCCGGCAGGUGUAUUUCAAUGCUUCUUUAAUGAACGAGCGCAGUGGCGAGACCACGUCAAAUGAUGAGCUAGAAACACAGCAAGCUGUGGUCCGGGUUGUGCUGUUCCCCCUUGUUGUAAAGAAGGGCAACGACACAGGCGCCGGUGAUGACGAAAUUGUCGUCUGUCCGGCCCAGGUUCUUGUGGCCCGUCCAAAAGACAAGAAGGUUGUCCACAUGUUGAGUGGUGACCGCAUGUCAAUCGACGGAGGCAGGUCAGUCCACAGCAACGCCCCCUCUUCAAACAUGGACUUGAGCAAUGUGAUCUGA